AACCAACCACCAAGAAACAAUAAUCACAGUCAAUUGAGACACAGGAGACACAAUUGUCGGUCAGAUAGUAGCAGACUCUGGGACAGGAACUCAAGACAAUGCUACCUACGCCAUCAACGUCUCACGUUUCAUUCGACAAUGUGUACGAACCCGCCGAAGACUCCUUUCUCCUUCUCGACGCCCUCUCCGCGCCCAGCGAGACCGCUUUUCUCCAGCACCGUUUUCCUGCGGCUACAGCUUCAUCAGGAGCAGCAACACCCGCGCCACUUGUCGUAGAAGUCGGCACAGGCUCCGGCGUGGUCCUCGCAUUCGUGACCGCCCACGCCAAGACGAUAUUCGGGCAUACAAACGUCCUCACACUCGCGACAGACGUCAACCGUUUCGCAUGCGAGGCCGCACAACGCACCGUCCAGACAGCAAUCAAGGACGUUUGCGACUCCGACACUCAAACCCCUACUACUUCCGCUGCUCCCGCCUCAUCAGCCGCAUUCCUCUCCCCCGUCCUCUCCGAUCUCACAUCCGCCAUACGCCCCGGCGAAAUCGACAUGCUGAUAUUCAACCCGCCCUACGUACCGACCGAAGAACUACCCAUCCUGCCUAGCACGCACUCCAUCGACACAUCAGCAGGCUCCAACCAGGGCGUCAGCUCGCACAGUAUCUUCGAGCGCGACUCGUACCUCUUGUCGCUCUCCUACGCGGGCGGCGCUGAUGGAAUGGAAACGACUGACCGCCUGCUCGAGCAGAUCCCCACGAUUCUUCAUCCGGAGCGCGGCGUCGCGUAUCUCUUGCUCUGCGCACAGAAUAGGCCAGAAGACGUCAAGGCGCGCAUCCGCGCGUGGGGAAAUGGCUGGGCGGCGGAGACGGUUGCGACUAGCGGCAAGACUGCGGGGUGGGAGCGGCUGCAGAUUGUGAGGAUAUGGCGGCCUUGACUGAGUCAAGGAGCCGUUUGAUUUAUUCCUCUAUGUGCCUCAUGU